UCAAGAAAAAAUUCUGAACUUAACAACCGGUGUGUUUGUUUCAAUCUCUUGACUUUUUUUUAAUUUUUCUCCUUCAUUUUUAAUUUGUUAAUUACUUUUUGACAAUUAGCAUAAUGGCAACUCCAUGUUUCGCUGAUUUGGGCAAACAAGCUAAAGAUUUGUUCAACAAAAAUUACCAUUUGGGUAUUGUAAAGCUUGACUUUAAAACUAAAACACAGAAUAAAGUUGAGUUCAAUGUUAGUGGAACAUCAAACACUGCAACUGGUAAUAUUGCUGCUAAUUUGGAAUCGAAACAUUAUCUCUCUGAUUAUGGAUUAACAGUGAAAGAAAAAUGGACAACCGAUAAUGUUUUAUCCACUGAGCUUUCUGUUGAUGAUCAAUUUGCUAAAGGCCUUAAGCUCGCCUUUAACGGAUCAUUUGUUCCACUUUCUGGUAAAAAGAAUGGAACCUUUAAAACAUCAUUUAAAACCGAUGCUUUACAUUUGAAUGGAGAUGUUGAUAUGGAACAAAGUGGAUUUGUACUCCAUGGAGCUGGUGUCUUCAAAUUCCAAUCAUGGUUAGGUGGAGCUCAACUUUCCUUUGACCCAUCUAAAAGUGCGAUCAAGAAAAAUAACAUUGCCAUUGGAUAUCAAACACCAGAAUUCAACUGGACCACCAAUUUGGCUGAUGUUAAGAAGGCUACAAGCACAGUUUACCAACGUGUUAAUGAUAAAUUGGAAAGCGGUAUUUCUCUUGCCUGGUCUUCAGAAAAUAACGCCACUCGAUUUGGACUUGGUUGUGUCUACAAGCUUGACAGCGAAACCACAGUUAGAGCUAAGGUUGACAAUAGUGGCACUUUCGGUCUUGGAUUAGUUCAUGCUCUUCGACCUGGAAUUGCUCUUACACUUUGUGCUUCCAUUGAUGGUAAAAACUUCAAUUCUGGUGGACACAAACUCGGUAUGGGAUUGGAAUUAAAUGCUUAAACAGAAUUAGAAUUGUAAAACAAAUCAGAAAGCAAAAAGAAAGUCGAGCCUAAAACUAAUAAUAAUCUUAAGCCUAAUUCCACUGCUGCCAAUGGAGAAAAAGAAAAAAGUUCAUCGCGAUACUGAAAUGAAAAUUAGUUUUUCUAAAGAGAAAAGAAAUUAAUGGAUCCCAGUUAAUUAUAAAUAAACAAACCAUAGAAAAUGUAAGAGAAGAAGGAAAAAAGAAAAAUUAUAUUAUUGUAUGUGAAACACACACACAAUUCAAUUAUAUAAAUCAAACUAGUUAUCAAAAAGAUUAUCUAUUCAGUUAAUUGUAUUAGUCGUAUUUAGAUUUACUUGUUCUGAUGUUUUUUCAUAUUUCAUUAAAAGUUAAAUUGAUUAAACAAUUAA